UAUUUUUGGUCUAUGCGCUCUAUUCUUCGUCUGGGAGGAACAGCGUCCGUAAGCUUGUAGUCCCCUAGAGUGCACACCCAUGUCUAAGACGUCGCCUCGUACGGUCCUCAAAAUAGCCUUGACUAUUUCGUGUGCAGCAAUCGUUGUCUCGCUGGUAUAUUGUGAAUGGUUACGACGGUUACCUUGCCCCACGCCAUCAUCCGGCGGCACGACCAGAGAGCAGACUUCUAGACUCAGCGACGAGGACUUUGCGUUCAGAGCAGAAAGAAUCAACAAAGUGUGUCGCACGUACCAGGUGGCCCUGGCAGAUCACAACAGACGCAUUCUGAAGCGGAAGUUCAGCGACGAACGGCCCAAUUUCUGCCCCAUGCAAUAUUGUCCCAUCAUGAUCGACCCUGUACGCAAAGUUGGCUACUGCAUCAUAAGCAAGGUUGCAUCCACCACAGUCAAGUCUAUUUUCGGGCUCCUGCUACACGUCAACAACACGGGAAACACAGUUAACAGCUUACACGAUGCAUUUGAUGCGCAAGUCCUUGGAGUCUCACCCAUGACAUUUCUACAGGGGAGCAGCCAGGAGAGCUACAGAACCGCCAUGUUCGUGAGGCACCCAUUCGAGAGGCUAGUAUCCGCUUACGUGGACAAGGCGCUACGCCCACGUGCUGGCAAUGUCUAUUAUUACGACCGGUACUGGCACGACGUGCCUGGCGUCAAGGCAACGGGGCGGAACUUGACCUUCCCGGAGUUCAUCGACAACUUACUGAAUCAGACAGUGAACCAGAUGAACCCUCAUUGGGCUCCGUACUACGUGACGUGUCAGCCUUGUACCGUCAAGUACGAGGUCGUCGGAAAGCUGGAGACAGCAAGCAGAGACUUUGCGCUGUUCCUUGAAGCGCUCGGUGCUCGGCCGGGGGACAUUCCGCAGAAAAACAAGGGUAGCGACUACGGGUUCCGCAAAUCUGCUCGAGAGUUUUUUAAGGAGCUCACUUUACAUCAGGUGAUGCGUCUAUAUGAGCGGUUCUUCUUCGAUUUCGAGAUGUUCGGGUACGACUUCAGGGACUAUCUGCACUGA